AUGUCAUUUUUACCGCCAACGAUCAAGAGGACCACGCUCAUCAAUAAACCGCUCUUGUCUGUUGCGGUGAUCUCUAAAGUCUCUAAAGAGUUCCGGUUCCAGAAAGCGAGAUGGCAGUCCUUGGAAUCGUACCCUUCGUUCCUGUAUGGUCGCCCCUCUGAACGUCCGUUAUACCUCGCUAUUGGGGAUGGCACACGCGUUGUCGUUCGCCUUUCUUUCCCAGCUCUUGUUCUUCUGGUCUUGGAUAGUCCUCGUGUGGUGAAUCGAGGUAUGACGGGGGGUGACAUCUCUUCAUUCGAGGUUCCCGUUCAACGACUGGAGUUCGUUCACGGGGGUACCGGAAAUGACGGGUUGGAGUUCUUUUGGUUUCUAGCUCUGGACGAUUUUCACGGCCUUCAUGAAUCUCUCGAGGGUAUUGGGGGCGAGAUCGAGAAUGAGACCGCCCUCGCAAAUCAGCAAAGGAAUUCCUCGGCGAGACGAGCCGAUUUCGAGGCACGGGUAUUGAGUGACGAUCUUCUAUUCUUGUAG